CACCCACCCUCCUCCCCCCCACCAGCGCCGCCAUGAUCUCCUUCCUGGAGAACUUCUACCGCAUCAGCGACACCGAAUCCCUGCACAACGAAUACGUGACGAAUUUCACCGAAGAUGCGACGCUCAUUAUGGGCUCGAAGGUUGCGAAGGGGUUAGAUGAAAUCCUCAACCUCCGCCACGGCCUGUGGACCCACGUCGCACGCCGCAAACAUACUCCCGAACGGGUAUAUUUCGGUGCGGAGCGAGAACUCAUGCUGUAUGGGACGGUGAAGUAUGUGCUGAGGAAGGAUGUGGAGGCUGGAAAGUUUGAUGAGGAGAUUGAGGUGCCUUGGGCUGGGAGGGUCGUGUUUGAUGAGAAGGUCGAGAAAAUGCGGUUUUAUCAGGUUUAUUUGGAUCCGACGGCGCAGGGUGGGAAGAAAUGAGUACUUAGUUGGGAUUGAUUGGUUGAUUGGUAAGAAGGGGAGGGUAUCAAGUUUUGGAUAGAUGUAGUUAGCGCAUGGGCAUUGAUAGCGGAAGGUGACGAUGAUGUAUAUAGUUGGUUCUUGUAUAUGGUUAUAUGCAUUACAUUGUUCUUAUGCUGCGG